GGGCGACCCAAAGUUCUGGCCGAUAUUACUACCGCACAGCACACCGUUCCCCUACAGCACCCAACAUGGCAAAUAAAAGCAAGAGUACCCGACCGCAGAAUGUUACCCCGGAAAUGGUUCUGAAAUAUACCAAACCAACUGACAAGUUCCUGUGCCCGCUUAGUUUGAAUAAGUACAUUGAGUUCCUUGAGUUUCGAAUUCGUGACAUGGAAUCAAGUAAGGUCGUUUUCGAAGUCAAACGACCGUCGGUUGAGAUCAACUGGAAGGAACGGGACUUGAGCGGCGGUGACGAGCUGCGGACAAUUGCCUAUACUUUCCCGGUCGACUUUCUCUCCUACAAAACAGUUGGCACAACAUUAGUUUUCGCUGUUUGUCCCGAAGGUAUCCAGAACUUUCGGAUGAUUGAGCGACAUUACUUCAAAGGAAAACUCCUCAAGUCUUUUGAUUUCACGUUUGGGUAUUGUAUCCCUAAUAGUGUCAAUACAUGGGAGGCAGUUUAUUCCCUACCAGAACUGACUGAAAAGCAAGUGCAAGAGAUGGUUGACAAUCCCGGAUCGACACUAUCAGAUAGUUUCUACUUUGUCGAUGAUCGACUCAUCAUGCACAACAAAGCCAGCUAUAGCUAUAGCUAGCGCUGAAUCCGAUCCACUAUUUAAUAAACAAGCGUAGGAAAGCUGUGGACUAAAUGGUCCGUGGAGAUGUUUAACGAUCACUCCUAUGGGAUGUGUAAAUAUAGAUGAGUUACUUGCAGGGACCGUGAAAAGAGACGUGACCAAGGCGAUUUGGAAAUACAAAAUUAUACCUUUUUGAGCAA